AAAUCCGACGACUGAUAGAGCCCAAGAGACCCACUUGCAAGGUUGCUUAUUUAAAUGGAGGACUCCUCAAAUGAUAUGUCCGUCAAAAACUUUCCUAAUAUUUCACGCCCUUUUCUAAUCCCUUUGGUGCCUUUCCGUGCAUUAAUUCUUUAUAUUUUCUAUACUCUCCCUGUCUUAAGGAUUCCUAAUCCUUUUCACGAACAAGUUAUAAAGAAAUGGGCGUUCUUGAUCAUAUGUCUGGUAUCUUUGACUGCUCUCGUGGCAGUUCUAGGCACAGGAAAUACAGGCAAUUGCAGACGGUGGAGGUGAAGGUCCGCUUAGACUGUGAAGGGUGUGAGCGCAAAGUGAAGAGAGCACUUGAGGGCAUGAAGGGUGUAAGUCAAGUGCUUGUGGAUAGAAAGUCAAACAAGGUGACAGUCGUUGGAUAUGUGGAACCAGCAAGGGUGCUUGCUCGCGUGGCACAUCGCACUGGUAAGAAGGCAGAGUUGUGGCCAUACGUGCCAUACGAUACGGUGGCCCACCCUUAUACAUCUGGGGUUUACGACAGGAAGGCCCCUGCUGGGUACGUGAGAAGUAAUCAGGACCCACAAGUGUCCCAAUUCGCACGGGCGAGCUCCUUUGAGGUUCGAUACACUACUGCUUUCAGUGAUGAGAACCCUACAGCGUGUGCUGUUAUGUGAUGGUCGUGAUUAUAGCUAGUUUAUUUUUGUGCUUUGAUUUCAAGGCUUUUAAUUAUGUUUUUAAUUUUCCUUUCUUGUUCGCUGUAGUCUUUAUUAUUCUGUAUCUGUAUUUUUUUUGGUAUUUCUAAGAAAUUAAAUAUUUGUUUGCUCUAAUA